AUGGUAAUGUUUCAACAAAGUUAUGAACUAAAUUGUUAUGGUUGUGGCUAUGCUUAUUGUACACCAACAUCAUCAAGUGGUUAUACUGUUUGCAAGACGUUAAUAAGUAGGAGUACAACGGCUUCAAUUGCUGGUUGUGUAUCUUAUUCAUCUAUUGUGGCUGUUCUGGGUGAUACAUCAGCAGGCAAUUGUGGUACAACUACAACAACAACUUAUACUGGUUAUACGGUUUAUUUAACUUACGGAUGUUGUUAUACAACAAAUUGUAAUACAUGUCCAUCUACCGGAUGUAUGUUAACACAAUCAAAUACGACAUGUGAAAAUAAUGCUGUUGCUCUUAAUUCACUUGUAAUAUAUGCAAUAUUAUUAGAACUUUUCAUAUUAUAUAUCAUAUUUUAUGCCUUCUCCUAA